GGAGAUUUACUGGGGGAGAUCGGGGAUUUACUGGGGGAGAUUGGGGUGUUACUGGAGGAGAUCGAGGCUGGCUGGGGCCUCCCCGGGGCAGACCCGGUGCCUCCGCGAGCCUUUCCCGGCCCUUCCUGGGGUGUCCGCGCUAUUCCGGGGUUCCCUUUCCCCCUCUCCCCCCUCCCGGGGUCCCUGGGAGCGGCGCAGCUGCCGCCCGUGCCAGCUGUAUGGAAAUCACGGCCCCGCGUCACCGUCACCUGACCCCGCUCCUUGUGUCUCUGUCCCCCCCGGGGGUCCCCAGAGCCCCCCGAGCGCCUCCAUGCGCAGCCCCGCAUUCCCGGGAUGACCUCGGGCUCCGGCAGCGCUGCCGCCACUGUCGCCGGCGCCGCCCCCCACAAUGGUGAGAACAAACCGCCCCAGGCCAUCGUGAAACCCCAGAUUCUCACCCACGUCAUCGAGGGCUUCGUCAUCCAGGAGGGCGCCGAGCCCUUCCCGGUGGGGCGCUCGUCGCUGCUGGUGGGGGCCCUGCACAAACAGUAUGCGCAGGAGCUGCUCCCGGACAAGCUCCCGCCGCAGGACAACACCACCACCACCGACUCGGACAUGGAGGAGCCCUACCUGCAAGAGUCCAAAGAGGAGGGGAACCCCCCGAAGCUGAAGUGUGAGCUCUGCGGCCGCGUCGACUUCGCCUACAAGUUCAAGCGCUCCAAGCGCUUCUGCUCCAUGGCCUGUGCCAAGAGGUCCCUGCCGGCAUUCCCGGGCUCUGCAGGCUGCCAGGAGAUCGCCGAGGAGUUCCGGGCGCAGGAGAUCGACGGGCAGGCGCUGCUGCUGCUCAAGGAGGACCAUCUGAUGAGCACCAUGAACAUCAAGCUGGGCCCUGCCCUCAAGAUCUACGCCCGCAUCAACAUGCUCAAGGACUCCUGAGCCGGGGGGGGAACCCCCAAAACACCCCCCCACCCCCCCCCGGGGCUUCCC